AGGGAAGGAAAAAUAGACAACAGGAGAAAGGAAAUGCUGUUCCUCUCCCUCCUAAACAAGCAUCUCUUGCUGUGCGCCAACAAACCUUCCUCCAAUGUAGAGGAGAGCGAGUCCUUCUCCUCCUCCUCCUCCUCCCAUCACUCCACCUCUCCCUCCCCAUUCCGUCGGUUCUUGUGCCGAUUGGGAUCGCUGAUAAUGCCCUGUUCCCCUUCGUCACCAUGCUCGCUGAUUCGGUCAUGGCUUCGGGAUUACGAUAGGAUCCAGGCGGUGGCUGUCGUUCUCAUCUACAUCCAAAUUGGUUGUGCUUUGAUUGGAUCCCUCGGUGCAUUGUUUAAUGGUGUGUUGCUGAUCAAUCUCGUGGUUGCGCUCUUUGCACUUGUUGCGAUCGAGAGCAGUAGCCAGAGCCUUGGCCGGGCUUAUGCUGUACUUCUUUUCUGUUCGGUUAUGCUUGAUAUUGCAUGGUUCAUACUCUUCUCCCAUACAAUUUGGGAGUAUGAUCCUGAGAAAUAUGGGCAAUUCUUUGUCUUCUCAAUCAGAGUUGCCUUUUUAAUGCAAAUUGUGGGUUUUACCAUAAGGCUAUUGUCCUCGUUUCUGUGGAUUCAGAUAUACAGACUGGGAGUUUCAUGUGUCAAUAGUACAACCUCUCGUGAAGCAGAUUUUGAUGUGAGGAAUAGUUUUUUUAAUCCUCCAAUUCAAGAAAUAACCAUAGAGAACUCCAAUGCUGAUGACAUCAUCGGUGGCUCUAUCUAUGAUCCAGCUUACUACUCUUCUCUUUUUCAAGCUACUCAGGAUAAGGGCUGUGUCCAUGAGGGUGAUAAUCAAAUUAUUGGUCGUAACAGUGGAUUGGCAUCAGUUGCUGAAACUUCACAACUUCAAUUAGGCCAUAGCAGGUCGUACCAGGUCAUUGAUGUUGAUAGGACAUUGAGAAAACCAUUGAUUCAAUGAAUUACUCUCUACUGAGCAUAUAACUCUGUUCAGCAUCUGUCCCAUGCGUUCUCCUUUAUUUUUUUGUUUCCUCAAUCUGGGUCAUGCUGUAUACUGAACUCAGCUUUGUAUAGUUAGCCAUUUUUAGCUAUUUUCGGCCCAGAAUAUACAGGGGUUCAAUAGAAAGAGAACCACAGUUUUUGCUUGCCAUUAUGUGCUAUUGGAACGGUGAAUGUUGCUUCUGAAACUGGAACGCGAGGAUGGGAGGAGAUCAGUUAGAAAUAUGGAAGCCUUGUUCUUUCGGGUAUGUCCUCGUCUGGUGAGAUCACUUAAACUUGGUUUUCAGCAUCAACUAUAGGAGGGCGAAAAUGGGAUGAUCGUUUCUGGUUAUCAAUUUCUUUGCAGUUAAUAUCUAAUGAAUGGACUUUGUGAAGAAAUAUAAGUACGUACAGGUUCCUUUGGAGUUAAAAGUCAACUUUGAGAAGCAUUAGUCAUUUGCUUGACUUGUGUGUAUAAAAGGCCUUGGAAAGUGAUGACAGAGAACUCCUGCAGAAGGUUUUCUUCUACCUUAAUGCUAUGCUAACUUCUGGUCACG